AUGAUGGACGUCGUCGAAAAUUCAGGGUCUUCUGCGCCCUUCUCCGCGCCCAGCAGCCUCCCCACCGCCAGCAGCAGCAGCAGCGCGGUGAACGGCAGCAGCAGCAGCAGCAGCAGCAGCAGCAGCAGCAGCGGCAACGAGUCCAUUUGGAUUGAGAAGUACAGGCCGCAAACCCUGGACGAAGUUGUGGGCAACGACGAAGUGCUGCAGCGGCUGCGCAUAAUUGCACUGGAGGGCAAUAUGCCCCAUUUGCUGCUGGCCCCACGGGCGUCCGCCCUGCUGCUUGCUGCGCUGCCGCCUGAAGUUGGCGCUAAGAGCAGCAGCAGCAGUGGCGGACGCGCAGCAACAGCAGCAGCAACACCGCAGGCAGCAGCAGCAGCAGCAGCAACACCACAAACAGCAGCAUCGGCAACAGCACGAACAGCAGCAGCAGCACCACCGCAAGCACUAGCAGCAGCGGCAACACCGCAAGCCCCAGCAGCCACAACGACACUGCAAGCAGCAGCAGCAGCAAGACCACAAGCAGCAGCAGCAGCAGCAGCAGCAGCAGCAGCAGCAGCAAGGGGUGCUGGGGCCCUGCGGCGCAUCAUGGAGCUGCACAGCGACUCCACCAGAUUUGCUUUGGCUUGCAAUUCUUCUUCUUCAGUUAUUGAGCCGCUGCAGUCCCGCUGCGCCAUUCUCAGAUUCACGAAGUUGUCGGACGCCCACCUGGUGCAGCGGCUGCGAGAAGUCUGCGCUAAAGAAGACGUCACCUUUACAGAUGAUGGAAUUGAGGCCAUUGUGUUUUCAGCGGACGGAGACAUGCGCAGCGCUCUGAACAACCUGCAGUCAACUGUGUCAGGAUUUGGUCUCGUCAACAAAGAAAACGUUGAGAAGGUAUGCGACACGCCGCCUCCAGAAAUGCUGCGGCGCAUAAUGCAGCAGUGCGUGGCUGGGGACUGGUACGGGGCACAGUCAGUGGCCCGAGUCAUCCUCAGUCUCGGCUAUACCCCCCUUGACGUCGUCACAACUUUCCGCGGAGUCCUCAGGCGUGCGGACUCUGAGCUUCAGGAGCAUCUGCUGCUCGAGUUCUUGGGGAUCGUAGGCAUGACACACAUGACGAUGGCCGGGGGACUCUCCACAGAGCUUCAGAUGGAGAAGAUGCUGGCGCAGCUCUGCAAAGUUGCUAUUUCCCUCCGUCCCUCUGUGAAGUACUAA